AUGGUGAACGAAUCUAGUGCUCAAAUAGAGAUCCAAAGCCAGAUAAAGCAAGCUGGUUCAUCAAAUAAUUCAUCCGCUAUAGAAUUAAUAACAGGAGAUGUGAUUUCUCUUGUCAACCGACUUGUUAGUGAUCCUAGCAGUCCGUAUUAUCUCCAUUAUGGAGACAACACAAGUAUGCAGCUCAUCUUUGUCACACUUACUAAUGAGAAUUAUGCAACGUGGAGUCAUGCUAUAGUUAUGGCAUUAAGUGUGAAGAACAAGAAGGGAUUCAUUGACGGAUCGAUCAUCAAACCUCCUUUGGAUGAUCCUCUCUAUGGUGCUUGGAGAAGAUGCAAUUAUGUGGUCUCUUCUUGGAUUAUCAACUCCAUUCCAAAGGAGUUAUACCCCAGUGUGAUGCAUAAGGACUUUGCAAGGCAAAUCUGGAUUGAACUCAGAGAUAGAUAUAGCCAAAGACUAUGGGAAGAACUAGAGAAUUAUAGCCCAGAAGCCAACAAUGCCAGAUAUCAAGCUGAAGAUCAGGUUAUGCAGUUCCUUAUGGGUCUAGAUGAACAUUUUUCAAAUGUGAGAAGUCAAAUAUUGUUAAUGGGUCCACUACCUUUACUUAAUAAGGUAUUUGCAUUGAUUUUGCAAGAUGAGAGGCAAAAGGAAAUUGUUGCUAAGAAGCAACAACAAUUUGAUGCAGCAGCUUUUGCUAGCAAAUUAAUUCCCAAGUCCAGUGUUCAAAGAGCUAAUACGUCACAAAAAAAGGAAAGGCCAAUGUGUAGCUACUGUGGAAUGCUUGGGCAUCUUAAAGGGAAAUGUUACAAACUGGUUGGUUAUCCCUCUGGGCACAGAUUUGCUAAAGAAAAAGGUCCAGUAGCAAAUGCAGUUAGUUAA